CCCGGGGGAUCCUCACAGAACAUGUCGUAGCUUGCUUUACCUUGCACUCCGAUCCCAGCACCGGGGAACCACAUCAGCACACAGAAUUUCAACAUGGCUGAUGAACAAGAGCUCCAACGCGCCGGUGGGGAGGAUACACCAUGGUACUCCACUCUCUAUCGAGAGGCACGACACCUUGCCAUGGGCGAGCACCGGUCGUCUAAAUACAUCUCUCCUUUACUCCUACUUUUUGACGCCCUGCUCUGCUCCUUGAUAAUCUCAAAGGUUCCUUAUACGGAAAUCGAUUGGAAGGCUUACAUGGAACAAAUCGAACAGUAUGUGGCGGGAGCACGAGAUUAUACCGUCAUCAAGGGCGGCACAGGACCCUUGGUCUACCCUGCCGCCCAUGUGUAUAUCUACUGGGUGCUUUACCACAUAACGAAUAAAGGGACGAAUAUCUUGAUGGCACAGCGCAUAUUUGGAGUGUUGUAUCUGGCUACGUUGGCAGUUGUCAUGGCGUGUUAUAGAAGGGCAAAGGCCCCUUCAUACAUCUUUCCAAUGCUCAUAUUGUCGAAACGUCUCCACAGCAUCUUCCUCCUCCGCCUCUUUAACGACUGUUUCGCCGUUUUCUUCCUCUGGGUUGCAAUAUACAUAUACCAGCGCCGGUUAUGGACGUUAGGGAGCCUGGCAUACAGCUUCGGAUUGGGAAUCAAGAUGUCUUUACUUCUCCCCCUUCCAGCUAUUGGCGCUAUCCUAUUUCUUGCAAGGGGUGUUCAUGCCAGUCUUAAGCAACUAUGGCUAAUGGCACAGCUUCAAAUUCUUCUUGCCUUCCCAUUCUUGCCAGCCAAUGCAAGGGGAUACGUGAGUAGAGCUUUUGAGUUAUCCAGGCAAUUCUUGUUCAAAUGGACAGUCAAUUGGAGAUUUGUUGGGGAGGAUACGUUUUUGAGCAGGGAAUUCUCCAUCUUUUUGUUGGUAGGGCAUGUGAGCGCUUUGGCGCUUUUCCUAACUACCAGGUGGUUGAGACCUGCAGAGAAGCCAAUCACGGAAUUGGUGCGAAAUGCGCUAAGAUGGGAGGAACCACUAGGGAAGAUGCAGCAUGCUGUUUCAAUUCGAGUCUCGCCGAACUACAUUUUAACGCUCAUCCUUACAGCUAAUGCUAUUGGCAUGCUCUUUGCAAGGUCCCUGCAUUACCAAUUCUACGCCUAUAUUGCCUGGGCGACACCAUUUCUUCUCUGGCGAAGCGGGCUGCAUCCGGUCCUUCAGUAUGGCUUGUGGGCAGCUCAAGAAUGGGCCUGGAACGUAUAUCCCAGCACCAAUGCUAGUUCAAAGGUCGUUGUCGGAGUCUUGUUUACGACUGUUGCGAGCGUCUGGUGGGGUACGAGGAAGGACUUCACACAUAUGAAAGGGGAGGGUGGCGCAAUCAAGAAGACGACUUGAGGCCAGCCAUAUAUGUUUUCGAACCCCAAUUUAUUCGUCUUCGUCUUCCGAGUCUGAUGGGGGCAUCUUGCCAACCGUUGAUUCUUCCUCGUCCGAGUCUUCAGGGUAUGCAGAGCUUUUAGGGAAUUCCUUGGGCCUGGAACCGCAAGUAUCAGACAACGGAUCCCAACGGGGCUAAUACCAAGCUUACCAAUAUGACUCCUUUCUCCAUACGUGCUCAUCACGGACGACAUUCACGAUCUCACCAUUGAUCUU